UCCAGUUGGCAUUGGGUGGAUUAUUUAACCCGGUCAUACCCCUUUCUCCAAACCCGAGUUGUCCCGGCAAAGACUUAUCGUAAGAGUUUUCCUUGUACAAGUUAAUGCAUUAAUUUAAAACAUUUUUAUGAUCUGGAAAAAAUGGCGUCGUCACAGUUUUUGAGAAAAAUGCCGGAAUUUUUUAUAGCACGUUUUCCAUUCUUCAAUGCUAUUAGCUUACUUCUUUUACUUGCAGAGCGUGCACAAAAGGAAAGCUACCCACCAAUUCCUCCCAAAGUGAUCUACACACACAUUGGUAUAUUUGUGGCCUGUGGAUUUCUGCUGUCCUUCAGAUACAAAUGUAAGGAAGUGUCCCUGGUCUAUUGUGGACAAAUACUUUACCUUGUGUACACUAUGUUUACAAACCCACAGGUUGGCUACACCCAGUGGCAGAAGAUCAGAAUAGCCUCUCGUCACAUUGGCUGUGUGGGUAUAUUCCUCCUAUUUUCAUCCCUCUUUGAAAACUUACCAUCUAAACAACUACAGAAGCUGGGAGAGACAGUUGUUGGGAUAUUCCUCAUGGCUUAUGUGUACAUCCUCAACAACAGUGCUGAGGAUAGACGGGCCUUCCUCUCACAUAUUCCUGGGGGGGACUGGACUAGGUAUUUUUUCACACUGGUCCUGGCCGCUGGUGCCAUUAGUUUUUUCUCUGGCCAUUUCCUGAGAGACAUGUCUAUAACGGUGAUUGGUGUGUUUGGAAUUUUAACAAUCUUCGUGGACUGUGACAUUAAUUUUUGGGUGGAGACUAAGGGAAUGUUAUUCUGGAAUCAAGUGAGACUUAUCAUAGACGAUUUGUGUAUUUUACUCGGGUUUGCUAUGAUAGUGGUGCGAGUGGACAAUCGAAUUAAAAUGGAUUAAUUUUCACUAGUGUAGUUAGAGUUUAACUAUAAUAAUUAUGUUUUUAUUGGUUUUAAUUUUAAAAAAAUCCCAGGAUUGAAGUAAUAUUUCUUUGAAAUACCUGUACUUAAUUAUGUGUCUUUGCCGAUGUGCCAAUUAUAUUGUUCCUCCUUACUGGAAUAACUAACUGUUGUAGAAUAUACUUUAACAAAUUAAUGUCAGAUGAUACUUUUUGAACUGAUAUUGAGUUUUACAAAAACAGUUAAAUAAGUUUUGUUACUAAAUUUAAAAGGUAGAAAAUUUAAAAAUUCAGUGCUGUUUGGUUAACAAUAUUAAUUUCUUACUGAUGAAACACUAUCAGUAAAUGCAGUGUUGAUUACUAAAUAUUUUACAUGUAUUCAUUAAGCAUUCUAAGAGAUUGAGAAAGAUAUGGAAAAUUAUUCUUUACACUAAUUCAAAUAUUUGUACUUUCAUAUAGACUGCACUGAAAAUUUCAAGAUUUUUUUCCUUUUAGUUUGUUGCUCUUUAUUUUUGAUAAUUAUAUUUGUAAGAAAAAAUGUGUACCUCGGAAAAUACUCUGAUAAAAGAGACAUUGACUUGAUUGCAUGAACAUGAUGAAAAAUGACAGAGUGAACCUUUUCCAUUAAUCAACUCAUUUUCAAAGACAUAGAGUUUUAUCAGGCAUGGAAUGUAUGUUACAAGGAAUUAGAUGGGUGUGUUUUUAUUUUUUGAGAAAAUCUGUGUCAUAUUUAACUCUUAUCUGUAAUUAAUGUUUGAACAAAUUGUGCGAUGUGAAUUUUGAUGGCUCUUGUGUGGUUUAUUAUGAACUCAUAUAUUAAGAUGGUUGACAGGAAUGAAUACCCUGAUUAAUAAAUUAAUUUGUAUGAAUUUUCAUGAGUUUUUAAAAAAUACAAUUUUGGAGGCCCAUAAAAACAUUGAAAUAAAAAUAUAAAAAAAUUAAAAGUUAAAAAAAGAAUAUCAAAAUGGGAGAGCUAAGUAAUCUUCAUUGACUCUUACCAUUCCCCCACAUUGACAUAAAUGCAUAAUCUACUUAUUUAGGAAUUUUUUAGGCCUAUAUGAACUAAAUUUGAUGAUUUUUAAAUGAAAUAGUUUUUGAGCAAUCCAAAAUACAUUUAUGUAUUUUACAGCAUACUUAAUAUAACAUAAAUAUGUGUUUUAAAGUGUUUUCACAAUUAUU